CCCAGCAUGCCGGUGGGGGUGGAGGACGCCACGUCCUCGGCCAGCAUCACCCUGCGGGUGCGGCCCCAGCUCACCAUCGGCACCCUCAAGGAGCAGGUGUUCCGGGAGUACGGGUUCCCGCCCGCGGCGCAGCGCUGGAUCAUCGGGCAGAGCCUGUGCCGGGACGGGCGCAGCCUGGCCUCCUACGGCGUGCGCCGGCACGGCGACCCCGCCUUCCUCUUCCUGCUCUCCGCACCGGCACCGGGAGCGGAACCGGCACCGCAACCGGCACCGGAACCGGCGCCGGGCCCCGAGCGGCUGCGGGAGCUGCAGGUGCAGGGGCUGCUGCGCGCCGCGGGGCUGCACGGACACGGGGACGGACGCGGGGACGGGGACAGCGCUCCUGGCGCAGGCCGUGUCCCCGAGGAGCCCCCGGAGCGGAUGGACAUCGGGGACAUCCGGGAUCACCUGGACUCGCUGCAGCUCUGGGACAGCGCCGGGGCCCCGCCCGCGGCCCCUGAGCCCCGCCCACGCUCACCUGAGCAGGGCUGGCCGUGCCCCCAGUGCACGUUCCUGAACAAGCCCACCCGCCCGGGCUGUGAGAUGUGCAGCGCCCCCCGGCCCGAGGGGUAUCGCGUGCCCGGGGGGCACCGCCCCGACCCCGCCGAGCUGCGGCGCCUGCAGAGGGAGCGCGACGGGGCUCGCCAGUGCCAGCAGGCCCUGGAGGCGGAGCGCGCCCCCCGGCCCGAGGGGUAUCGCGUGCCCGGGGGGCACCGCCCCGACCCCGCCGAGCUGCGGCGCCUGCAGAGGGAGCGCGACGGGGCUCGCCAGUGCCAGCAG